AUGAGCAGCAAGGCAAGGCAAAAAUCAACGGCAAUAUGCAAAUUAGCAUGUAUGCAGUUGUCGACUCAGUUUGCACUUCCUUGUGAGUGGGAAUUUUUCUGGCGCAAGAAGCAUGUUCAUAUUUGUUCAUCAUUCGAACCCACUGUUCCUCGAAUACAAAAUUUGACAUUUCAUUGCAACUUCCUUAACUCUAAGGGUGUACUAUGCGUACGUCUUUCAGCUGUUCAGCUAUCGGUAAAGUCAAAAUAUCCGAGCUGCCCGUUGAAAGGCUAUCGCUGUGAUACCCACCCUAUUCUUUGGGACGAUUUUUUAGAUGCAAUGACCACAAAUCGUGCUCUGAUUUCGUGCCUGUCCAAAUUACCGAUUCUCAAGUGGCUUGAACUGGCCUGCUCACUGAUAAUCGUUGUGUUUCUUCAUUACGGCAUUUACCAGUGGUUCAUCUAUACAGCAAUUUACUUCAUUUCCGUACUCCUUAUUGUGUUUACAUUUCUGUCACUGAUUGCUUUUUUCAUGGAUAUACAAAAUUUUUACUACAUUGACAAAGCUUUCAAUCUUGCUGCAUUUUUGAUAUGUUUAUUUAUUGAUUGCUUGCUGACUUAUGAUCUGAUAGAAAUGGUAUCUGGAAGUUUUGCCCAUCAUCGGUACCUACCACCAUUGGAAAUCGGUAAAGAAGGUUGGAAGAAUCGCACCGCUGUAUGCAAUGAAACGAUAACACAACACUGUAUAUGUGGUGAACAGUGUGAUCAGCAAGUCAAUGUUAUAGCACUUAUUGUUACAUUGACACAUGCGAUCACUAAUCAGAGGAAAUUUUGA